AACCACCCCAAGAACAUGACAACAGCCCAGGAUGGCCAUGGGCAGGGUGCCACAGCCACUUGUUCAGCCUCCAACCCGAAGGCCCCCAAAAUGGUGACAUCCUCAGCAUGUCAGAAUGGAAGUUGCAAAAGCAGCCCCAGCAGCGACUCGGAAGCCGCAGAAAGCAGGCUCAGCCCUUCCAAGCUGGCACGUCUUUUCUCGGGAAGUCGGAAGAAGAUGAGUGCCCACCCUGAGAGGCCUCGCUCGGUGGUCCUCGUGGGGAAUUCCUCCACGUGGAAUGCCUUGGCCUCCUUCCGUAAAAUGGGAUCUUUUAAAAAGUUGAAAUCCUCUGUUCUUCAAGGAAUUCAGAACCGGGAGUGGGCAGAUGUUUCUAAGGAAGAGGCAGCAGGAGACCCAGGAAGGACUGCUCCCAAUGGCACCAUCACCAUCUUGGGAAGGGGCCUGGCCAUGUGCCAAUCCUUGGGCCCUGCAGUGGAUGGAACCGGGUCUGACUGUUCGGACCCUGAAGACACGGAGGAUGCCUUCCAGAGGAGCACGCACCGUUCACGCAGCAUUCGCAGGGCCUAUGGCCUGGGUCGCAUCAGCCUGCUGGACCUGGGGCGGCAGCCAGCACCAGAGCCCGCCCUGUGUGAAAUCCACGUGAGCGACCCUGAGCCCAGUGGCGCUGUCCCUCUACCACGCAGAAGCAAGAGCAUCGACAGCUUGAGCAUCCUGAAGAGCUCCUUCAAACGCAAGUCUGCAUCCAACCUCACAGAACUGCCAGGCGACAGGCAGGUUCCCCCCAGGACCCUGAGCAGCUUAUCUGCUGACUCCGAGAAGCCAGGUGGCUCCCAGAGGAGGACCAGACGCUGGAGGAGCCCCAUCCGUGCCAAGGACUUUGACCGAGUCUUACGACUGGUGAGCAACGUCAAGGAUGCGGCCUGGAAGAGGGAGGCCCCCAGGAGUGCAGCCCCCAGCCCCGGCCCAGGGGAUGCGAACCCACCACUGGGACCACGCAGCAAGCUACACGAUGACUACUCGCGCCACACCAGCAGCAGCGUGGAGCCAGAUGUCAGGCGUGGUGGCCCUUUGUCCACACCCGGUGUCCCUGCACCAUGCACUGUUGCAACCAACGUAGCUCAAGAACCCCACCUGGAUGUGGACACCGCAGUAUUCCCCCUGGAAACCAAAAGCGCUCAGCCCCUGGGAAAUGAUGAACCUCCUGCCAGCAGUCCCUCACCAAGUCUCACAGAUCCUGAAGGGUUGAGCCAAGCCUCCAGUGAGGCAACUGCUGGCAGCCAGCUUCCCUUUGACCCUGUACAGCUUCCCACCCCUCUGAGGCCCACCACACCCAAGCCCCAAAGCCCUCAGAGCCCAGGGAGUACUAAAUGCCCCAGUAGUGUAAGCGUGCUGUCCCUCAGUUCAGCAGACAGCGAAGAAAGGACAGAGGAUACUGCCCACAGGCAGCUAGGACCUGUGCCCCUGCAGGAUGCUGUGCGGACCACGGCUGGUGAUGAGGGAAGACAAAGUAGUAACAGCUAUUUUCCCAUGAAUCUCCAUGGGGCAGCCAGUCCGGAAGAGAGGAAGGAGGAGGUAAGGGUGGUGAAUGAGGAUGACUGGCAGCAGGGCUCAGCCCAGGAGGAGGAGCAGACCCAGGUGCCCCGCAUCUCCAGGAGGAGCUGGGGCUCAGGAAGGCUCACCCGGCCACGGCCACUGUCUGACUAUGGCCAGCUGGUCAGCAGAAGCUUGUCCAUUCCUGAAGACGCCAUUGCUGUAGAUCCUCCAGAUGACGACCAUGUAGACAAGAUGCACCCAUCAAGAGUGACCACCACCAGCCAGGAUCCACGCGCCCCCUCAGGCUGUUCCAGAGGGGGCCGGAGAAGACGACCUAUAUCUGUGAUUGGAGGGGUCAGCUUCUAUGGCAACACCCAGGCAGAGGAUGUGGAGAACCUCUUGGUCCAACCAGCAGCCAGGCCUCCGGUGCCUGCACACCAGGUUCCACCCUACAAGGCAGUGUCUGCCCGCCUAAGGCCCUUCACCUUUUCCCAGAGCACUCCCAUCGGACUGGACCGCGUGGGGCGCCGACGGCAGAUGAAAGCAUCCAAUGUCUCUUCAGAUGGAGGUGCAGAGUCUUCGGCCUUAGUGGAUGACAACGGUAGUGAGGAAGACUUCAGCUAUGAAGAGCUUUGCCAGGCCAACCCUCGGUACCUGCAGCCAGGCGGGGAACAGCUGGCCAUCAAUGAGCUCAUCAGCGAUGGCAGCGUGGUCUGUGCAGAAGCACUGUGGGACCAUGUGACCAUGGACGACCAGGAACUGGGCUUCAAGGCUGGGGAUGUCAUCCAGGUCCUGGAAGCCUCUAACAAGGACUGGUGGUGGGGCCGGAAUGAAGACAAAGAGGCCUGGUUCCCUGCAAGCUUUGUUAGGCUUCGAGUCAAUCAGGAGGAGCUGCCAGAGAGCUGCAGCAGCACCCAUGGGGAGGAGCAGGAUGAGGACACCAGCAAGGCCCGCCACAAGCACCCCGAGAGCCAGCAGCAGAUGCGCACCAAUGUCAUCCAGGAGAUCAUGAACACCGAGCGAGUGUAUAUCAAACACCUCAAGGACAUCUGUGAGGGCUAUAUCCGACAGUGUCGUAAGCACACGGGAAUGUUCACGGUUGCGCAGCUAGCCACUAUUUUUGGAAACAUUGAAGACAUUUACAAAUUCCAAAGAAAGUUUCUGAAAGACCUUGAGAAACAGUACAACAAAGAGGAACCUCACUUAAGUGAAAUAGGAUCCUGCUUUCUUCAGCACCAAGAGGGCUUUGCCAUCUACUCUGAAUACUGCAAUAACCACCCGGGUGCCUGCGUGGAGCUGUCAAACCUCAUGAAGCAGAGCAAGUACCGGCACUUCUUUGAGGCCUGCCGCCUGCUCCAGCAGAUGAUCGACAUCGCCUUGGAUGGCUUCCUCCUCACACCUGUGCAGAAGAUCUGUAAAUACCCACUGCAGCUGGCUGAGCUGCUCAAGUACACCACACAGGAGCACAGCGAUUACAACAAUAUAAAGGCAGCUUAUGAGGCCAUGAAAAAUGUGGCCUGCUUGAUCAAUGAACGCAAGCGCAAGCUGGAGAGCAUUGACAAGAUUGCCCGCUGGCAGGUGUCCAUCGUAGGCUGGGAGGGCCUGGACAUUCUAGACCGAAGCUCCGAGUUGAUUCAUUCGGGGGAACUGACCAAAAUCACCAGGCAGGGCAAGAGCCAGCAGCGGAUCUUCUUCCUGUUCGACCACCAGCUGGUGUCCUGCAAGAAGGACCUUCUGCGCAGGGACAUGCUGUACUACAAGGGCCGCAUGGACAUGGACGAGGUGGAGCUUGUGGAUGUGGAGGAUGGACGGGACAAAGACUGGAACCUCAGCAUGCGGAAUGCCUUCAAGCUGGUCAGCAGAACCACAGAUGAGGUACAUCUGUUCUGUGCCAGAAAGCAAGAAGACAAGGCCAGGUGGCUGCAGGCCUAUGCAGAUGAGAGGCAGCGAGUACAGGAGGACCAGCAGAUGGGAAUGGAAAUCCCAGAAAAUCAGAAGAAACUCGCCAUGUUGAAUGCUCAGAAGGCCGGACAUGGGAAAUCUAAAGGCAAUGGCAGCUGCCCCGUGGCCCCGCCCCACCAGAGCCUGCUGCCUGUUCACCAGCGCCACAUCACCGUGCCUACCAGCAUCCCACAGCAGCAAGUCUUUGCCUUGGCUGAGCCCAAGAGGAAGCCAUCACUCUUCUGGCACACCUUCCACAAACUCACCCCCUUCAGGAAAUGAGCCUUCCUCAGCGUGUGCCCCUGAGGUACUGUGGGGAGGAACGCCAGUUUUGUCUCUUCAGUGUGGUGUCCAGGGAUGGCUUCUUGCUCAGUGAUGAACACUUCUUUUGGGAAUCAAUGACGAGGAAAAGGAAUGGGACUCAUCUUUGAUCUUGAGAGGCUCCAGUGCCCUUGUGGAAAGCAGGAGGCCGUGAAGCACUGCUCUGUCCCACACUGGAAGCUCAAGUGCCAGGAUGUAGGGACCAGGGCCUCUCUCUCUGCAUGGGACUGCUGACCCGAUGGCCCUGUGAGUUUGCCACUGAUGGUCACACUCCUGCUGCUGUUCCAGACAGUACCAAGAGUCUUUCAGUCCCCCGGGAGCAAUCAUUAAGGAUGGCUUCUGUGUUUGAUCUUGAGGAACUCGUUGAUGGAGUCAGGUCAGGCCUGGUAGGCACUGUGAAGGAGCUAGAGCUGCUGGGCAGGUGCUCACAGUUUCCCAAGGUGUAGCAGGCACCAAGCAAGAGUGUAGGUUUCAUCUUGCAAGUUCCUUAUUCAUAAGCUAGGGAGAGUCAGGCGGCAACUGUCACCCUGGCAACGUGGGACAUGUGGCAUCCUCAAAGCAGUGCUGCUUUCCUGACCAGAGGGAAGGGCACUGCCAGCUUGUAUGUUCUGCUCACCGCUUCAAGCAGAGGUCAUGUCUUGCUCAUCCAUCACAACCUAAGAAGCGUCCAUUCACAGAAAUAGCGGUGAUGUGAAAAUUCUUUCAGGUUUCAUAACAUGAUAAUUCGAACCUGUGCAUCUUCAGCAGCCAUUUGUGGUUUCUUCAUCAGUGAGAUGAUGGAGACACAGACAUUCCACAGAGAAAGCAAAGGGACAAAAACAUCCUGCAACCUGGGGGUGUGGAGACACCUCUGUCACAUGACCCUGAAACAGCAGUGCAUGGCUGUGCCAGCUGGAGAUUGGUUUUGAUGACUCCUUAGCUCUGAGAGAGCUGUCUUCUAAUGAAGGCCACAUGGGAGGACACCUGCAGAGAGUAAGCCUUUAACUAGAUCUAAGGAAACUGGUUCUACAUUUGAAUCUAAACAGUGAGCUGGCCAGGAGGGGGUCCUGCUGUGCAGCUCAAGGGUUCUUUUGGACAAGUGUGUUGUUGUAUGCUGUACCUGCAAGGUUCUACUCUCUCAUCAGCCCUUGCUUAAGAACAAACAAGUCUGCAGUGUUAGAGAUGAAGGUAUUGGUCCAUCAGCACAGUUCCUCCACUCUUUCCCCAUAUAUAGACCUAUACCUGAAGCAAGUGACCUCCCAGCAAAUAACCUGGACCCUGGACCUGGGAUGAGCUGCAGCACUGCUGGGGAUUGUGGUCAGUGGCCCCACAGCUGUUUCUGUGUGUCAUUAAAUAGUUCAGUGCACAGGACUGUUCAGUGCACGGUGUGCUGUGUGUGUGUGUCAGAGAGAGAGAGAGAGAGAGAGAGAGAGAGAGAGGAGAGGAGAGAAUCUUUAAAUACAUGCCUCAACUUAGCUACAUUUAUAUAACUGACAGGUUGUUUUUGUUUUUUACUAACAGAAUGCAAUGAUAUAUUUUGGAAAUGAUACUUAGUGUGCUUUUUCUGCUACAUUGUGUAUGUACAGCAGUUUCAACAGUUGUGUUGUUAAUAUGAAAAAUUGCUUUAAGGAAGUGAAGAGAAUCUUUCGGUCCUGUUCAUAUUCACUGAGGAUUCAACUUGAGUCUCACUGCAGAAUUCAUUUGCUGUUACAACUAAUGACAGUGAAGAAGUAAUACAUUAAGUUUGGGACCAGUCCUAAUGUAGUUCCCAGCUGCCCUGACUUCCCAUUCCCACCUACCUCCACAGACUUCCUAACAAUCACGAACAUCAAGAUGUGUUUGUAUCGAGUCAUGUUCAAGACCUGGGCUGGCCCCAGGCAAUUUUAUACAGUGUGAGAAGUGUUUGAUCAAAUGUCUGUCCCAGAUGAAUCUUACUUGGGAUUUCUGGGUGAUUUUGAAAACAAAUGUGUUUUUAAAAGCUAUAAUAGCUUUUGACAUUGUAAAAAUCUGUAUGUCUAUAUAAUUUUUAUUACCAAAGGCCUGAGUUCUACAGAAAGUCGAAGACCUUGAGUAUUAUGUUUAGUUGUCUAAACCUCCUUCUUGAUUUAAGGCAUGUGCUCUACUUUGAAAGAAAAAAAAAGAGAAGCAACAAAGAGUCUCUUGCCUGAAUGGUGUCUGAUGCUCACGAACAACAUUCCCUCCCCUCUCCCUCAGUGGGCCAAAAAAGAUUGGUGAUUUAAAUUUUAAUGAUUUCAUUUGUUCUGUCUUCAGCGGUCCAGGAUUUGCCAGCUCUGUUGAUACAGUUAAGAAGGCCUCCCUGGUUUAGAUGAUAUCUAUAUGUAUAACCACCAUGUGGUAGGUGAAAAGUGUGGUUAUAAAUAAUGCUUGAAAGUCUAGAGAAAGAAGGAACAUUCCAGGCUCUGUCCCAAAAAAGUAAAAGAGAGUGGCAGUCAGCUAAGUUGGUCGGGGCUCUCAAGAGAUGCCACUCCUUAGAUGUGUCAUCUGCUGUGAUUUUCAUUUCCCCAUGGAAGCUCUGCUUCUGCAGGUGAGAAACGUCACCACUAUGGAAUGCCCUUUCUAAAUACUGUGCCUUUUAAUAUCCAAGCCAUUCAAGAAGGAUUCCACAUCCUACGUUGCUGUUCUUACACACAAAGCAAAAAUGUAUUUAACUCGAAAUUCGGUUCACAGUGGAAGUGUUUUGUAAGUGCCAGUGAUCCAGCAUCGUGUGCAUGUGGAGAUCUGUACCUGGGUAUUUCUCAGGACAGGUCAGUCCUGUUUCCAGCCACAGCUUCCUGGAACCGGGGCAUGGCUUCCUCAUUGUGGCUUCAUCACAGAUAGGAAAAGCAGAAGUGUCCCUCAGGCCAGUGCCAAGAAGUGAGUCAAUGUCUUUAAGCAGCUCAAAGCCAGGAUGCUGGGCACAGGGUACCCACAAAUCGCUUCUUCAGCCACGGAAAUGGGAGUUUGAAAGACUUAGGACAAAAUAGGUAGAAACUUGUAACUAGUCUUAGAAUCAGCUUAUAUAAUGUAUGUAAAUUUGCUUAGCCAUCCCACAUACUUCAUUAUUGCCUUUAUGUUCUCCUAGGCAUUGCCAUUUAUAUUUAGAAAAUAACUUUGAGCCGCUUCUGUAAUUUAAUAGUUGGUCCCUUUCUUUGUGUACAUAUUGGUGCCCCCUGAGCAUGACUUGCUGACUGAGCUUCCUGGCUAUGUUGUUAGUGAUAACUAACCCACAUCGGGGUGCUUCGUCUAUGUAAAAGUCAAGUGCUGCCCCUAAGAUGAUGAGUCCGCCUUGACCCUGAAAUAGAACCCAUGUACAAGACGUGCAUUUUUACUAAAUGAAGGGUUUUUUGUUGUUGUUUUAAAAAAUAGUUAUUUGAUUUCUUGUAAAUGCUGUGAAUCUCUAUUUGUCAUUUUGUAUCUGUAUAUUAAAAUAAUUUGCCACACUGA